CUUGAGCAAGUGAUUCCCCAGUGGGGACUUCCUUGGUCAUGGCUAAGGCUGAUGUCCAAGAAGGGAAGAGUAGCAGGAAUCCUUUCUCCUUCCUCAGAGACUUGUGCGCAGAUGGGAGCCUUAAGCCUCAGGGAGACCAGAGAACAAGAGGGGCAAGGUGAAGAGGACUGAGUUGGAAGUGUCUGCCAUUUCUGCAUGAGACAGGGGAACAGUCUCCUCAGAUCAACUCAUAGUAAUGGGGGAAAAGGUCCCUGAACCAAUGAAGGAUCUUGAUCUGGAUCUACAGGACGCAGAGAAAGAGGGAGCAGGCCAAGCCGCAGGUGUGGCUUAUGGGUCCAGGCCUCCGACAAACAUCCAGAAAGACAAUGACCGGCAGUCCCAGAAAGGACCCAGGACUCCUUUGGACCAAUCCCAUCCCAAGAAGCAGUCACCAUCUCCUAUAGAGCCUCCCCCGACAAGGGACAUCAGCGUGAAAAGUAGUAGCCGGCUGGGAACAACUCAUUCUGUGGAACCAAGGUUGAGCACUGGGUCAUCUGAUGGGAGGGAUGUCUCCAGCCGUGAGGCAGUCACCCCCAGGAAAUAUGGGUCAAGAGGCUCCUGUCGGUCAAGCAGGAUGAGCUCAAGAGAGGAGAUACAUUCUUCCAAGGGGGCAGAAGAUUGCAGAGUACCCAUGGCUGAAGGGGAUGACAGCUCUGGUGCCGAGUGCCAAGAGGGCAUGAUCGGCAGAAGUGCCAGCUGCAUCCCCAGCAAUAUCCGGCACAAGUUUGGGAGCAAUACGGUGGAUCAGCUUGUGACUGAGGAGCAGGCUCGAAGGGCUAUAUAUGAAGUGAUCGAAGGACAGAAGCAGGCGAGCAACCACGUGAACAAGACUCGGAAUUCAAUGGAAUCCUCUGCGUUUGCAGAUUAUUAUGAGCUGGGAUACAAUAUGAGAUCCAACAUAUUUCAAGGGGUUUUGACAGGGCCCCCCAUGGAGGCAAGGAGCUUAAUGAAGGACUCCUACACCAUGGAAGUGAUUGAGAGAUCUGUGAGAGACCCCCAGCACUGGCAUGGGAGGAAGACAGAUGACCUUGGGCGCUGGCAUCAGAAGAAUGCCUUAAACAUGAAUCUGCAGAAGGCUUUGGACCAGAAAAUCGGAGAACGGAGCAGAAGCUUGAAGUAGGAAGUUCUAAGAAAAGGGGAUGCUCUCCCUCCUAGAAGGAGUUAAUAAAAAA